AUGAAAAUCAAUCUCGAGGUCAUGACUAAUAAGGGUACUAAACCAUGGCUGCCUCAGACAUCAGCCCCUGAUGUCACGUUUUAUAACGCGAAUCUCAUCGACGUCGAAUAUGGCACGGUUAUUCCAAACACGAUCGUCCGGAUUAGCAAUGGACGAAUUGCUGGCGUCUGGACUGGUACUCAGAGAGAUGUACCCGUUGGCUCCAAUGCAGUCGAUUUGCAGGGUCAAUACAUAUGCCCUGGUCUAAUCGAUUGUCAUGUUCAUAUGAUCGCAACCCCGGGAAGUUUCUCACUCAAAGAUCUCUUUGCAGCAAGUCCGACUACAAUUGCCUAUCGCACUGCAUACAAUGCUCGCCAGAUGCUCCUGAGAGGUUUCACCACAGCGCGGGAUACUGGGGGUGCAGACGCUGCUCUCCGUGACGCUAUCGCCGAAGGGCUAGUCAUAGGUCCUCGACUUUUCAUCGCUGGUAAAGCGCUUUCUCAAACAGGCGGACACGGCGAUUCCCGUCCUAGCUAUGAGAGUGACCAUAAGUGCUGCGGAGGCCACUCCCCGACCCUUUCGCGAGUCUGUAACGGUGUUCCAGAGUGUCUUGCAGCGGUCCGGGAUGAGCUUCGGCAGGGGGCGAAUUUUAUCAAAAUUAUGGGCGGAGGCGGCGUUGCAAGUCCAUCAGACACUUUGAAUAUGAUCCAGUUCACAGCUGAGGAGAUUCGUGCCAUUACCACCACUGCUAAACAGUCUAAGACCUACGUCACUGCACACGCCUAUACUAUAGAAGCCAUUCGUCAUGUCGUCGAUAAUGGAGUACUAGGCAUUGAACAUGGCAACUUUAUCGACGAGGAAACAGCUUUGUACUGUAAAGAGAGAGGCGUGACUUUCACUCCGACUUUGGUGACGUACCAAGGUAUGACAGAGCCCCCAUUUGACCAGUUCCUCGACGAGGAUGGCCAGAGGAAGAAUCGAGAGGUGCUAGCAGGGGGGCUGGGUGCUUUGAGAAUUCUCAGUAAGGUUGGGGCAAGAAUAUGCUUUGGAUCAGAUCUCUUGGGAGGAUUGCAUUCUCUUCAGAGCCGUGAAUUCUCCAUUCGGUCGUCCGUUCUGACGCCGAAAGAAAUUCUCCAGUCUGCCACUAUCAAUGCUGCACGGUUGUUGGGGAAGGAGGAUGAAUUGGGAUGCAUCAAGAAGGGGAGCAUAGCUGAUAUUCUUAUACUGAAGUCUAACCCGCUUCAGGAUAUUACGAUUCUGGAUCACAUCCAGAAUAGUCUAGUGGCUAUUUUGAAGGAUGGACGUGUUGUGUUCAAAAAUUCUAACUGGUUAUCUGUUGAUCCGAUCUAUGAUCCUUGUCAUAUCCAAGGCAGUCACUGA